AUGACGAAACCACGUACGCCAGUACACUUCUUCUCCCAUGGCAGCACCAUGAUGCUUGGCGAGGAAUCGCGAAGUGCAACAUACUGGAAGUCGUGCGGCGAUGCCGCCCUAUCCCACGGCGUCCGAGGCAUUGUUAUCAUGGGCGCGCACUGGGACUGCAAGACCGACCACGCCGUCCAAGUCGCCAUGAAUCCUGCACCGACGAUGCAACCCGUCGGCAAUGUGCACCGAUCAAAGUACGAAACCUAUACGCUCAAGCCCGAUCUACCAACCGGCGAACGAUGCAUUUCGCUCCUCAACGCCGCUGGAAUUAAUGCGACGGGCAAUCCUUCCUUCGAAUGGAUCCAUGAUGUUUUCCUCGUCCUCAUCCGCAUGUUCCCAGACCCAACUACCUGUCCGCCAACAACAAUCAUUAGCAUGAACGCCCGUUAUGAUCCUCACUUCCAUGUCCGAGUCGGCGCGGCCCUGCGCUCGCUCCGCUCAGACAACUACCUGCUGAUGGGUAGCGGCGGUGCAGUGCACAACCUGUAUCGCAACGUUUGGGGACCGAUGUUGUUACACAAAGACAACUUCGCGCAGCCGACCCCGCCGGAACCCUGGGCACUGGAGUUCCGCCAAGCUUUCAAGGACGCGGUGGAGGAGAAUGACGGGCCGGACUUGAGGAGGGCACUGACGAGGCUGAUGAAGCAUCCUCAAUACCGGGACGCGCACGCCACGGAUGAUCACUAUAUGGCAGCUUUGUUUGUCGCGGGCGCUGUUGGUGAUGUUGGUGAUACUGGCGUAAGGGGGAAAUUGAUGGCGGAGGACUGGGAGUUGACAAAUAUGUGUAACUCUCAGUUCACCUGGGGCAACUAUAUCGACGUCGGAGCAUGA